AUGAAAGCGAAAUUUAACUCUUUAAGAUUUGAUAGAUUGAAUAAAGGACAACCUGUUCUUCCAAAAGAUGGAGAAAGGAACAUUUUGAUUACUUCUGCACUUCCUUAUGUAAAUAAUGCUCCUCAUUUGGGAACUAUAAUCGGCUGUGUUUUAAGUGGUGAUGUUUUUGCCAGAUACUGUAGAUUAAGAGGUUACAAUACUAUCUAUAUCUGCGGAACUGAUGAAUAUGGAACUGCUACUGAAAUGAAAGCUUUAUAAGAAGGAUUAACUCCUCAGUAAAUUUGUGAUAAAUAUUUUAAAAUUUAAAGAGACGUUUAUUAAUGGUUCGAAUUAGAUUUCGAUAUAUUCGGUAGAACAACAACCGAAAAACACACUAAAAUAUCCUAAGAUGUCUUCUUGAAUCUUUAUAAUAAUAAAUAUAUACUUGAAGAUACUAUGAAAUAAUCUUAUUGUGCUUCCUGUAAGAGUUUCCUUGCUGAUAGAUAUGUAAAUGGAACUUGUCCUUUAUGUAAACAUGAUGAUUGUCAUGGUGAUUAAUGUGACAAAUGUGGCAAAUUAAUAAAUCCUACAGAACUUAUUGAUGCCAAAUGUACUAUUUGCAAAAAGCCUUCAAAUAUUGUAGAAACAAAACAUUGUUUUUUAGAUUUACCUUAAUUAGAAUAAUAAAUCGAUAAUUUUAUUGAUACGCGUUCAAAAGAAGGCGGAUGGUCUGAAAAUGCAAUAAAAACAUCAAAACAAUGGAUAAAAAAUGGUUUAAAAAAUCGUUGUAUAACCAGAGAUUUAAAAUGGGGAACUCCUGUCCCUUUACCUGGUUGGGAAAAUAAAGUAAUGUAUGUAUGGUUUGAUGCUCCUUUAGGAUAUCCCUCUAUAACCGCAAAUUUAGUUGACGAAUGGGAAAAAUGGUGGAAAAAUCCUGAAAACGUAAAAUUAUAUUAGUUUAUAGGAAAAGAUAAUAUUCCUUUCCAUUGUGUAAUGUUCCCUGGAACUCUUUUAGGCACAAAAUAAAACUGGACUUUAUUACAUAAUAUGUCCUCCUGUGAGUUUUUAAAUUAUGAAGAUGGUAAGUUCUCAAAAAGACUAGGAACAGGUGUAUUCGGGGAUGAUGCGUAAAAUAGUGGAAUUUCAGUUGAAAUUUGGAGGUAUUAUUUACUUAUUAAUAGACCAGAAUAGAGUGAUACAACAUUUUAAUGGAACGAUUUUUAAGCAAAAAACAAUAAUGAAUUAUUACCGAAUAUUGGUAAUUGCUAUAUGUAAAAAAAUGAACCUUGGAAUAAAAUUAAUUAAGAAAAUGGAAGAUAUUUAACUAUUGUAUUUAUUUUAACUAAUGCUAUUAGAUUUUUAUCAGCUCUUUUUGAGCCUUUUAUGCCUACUUUAAGUGCCAAAAUAAACUUCAUGCUCGGAUUUGAAUAAAGAAAUGAAUUCGAUGAGCGUAUUCUUUAACAUAUUUUGAAAGAAGAUGAUCCUAUUAAAGGUAUUUUAAGUUUAGUUCCUGCUGAAUAACAUUUAAAUGAACCUAUUCCUGUUUUUAGAAAAUUGGAAGAUUGUGAAAUUGAAGAAUUCAAAAAAAGAUUUAGUGGCUAAUAAAUAUAGAAAAAAUGAUAAAUAUAUUUAAAUAAAUAACUUUUUAAAUAUAAAUAUUAUAUUUUUUUUAACAAAAAAUAAUAAUAAUAUAUAUAUAU